AUGGCUCUUCCAUCAUCCCUCUACCAGAGCCUCAUCACUAAACUUGUCGUCGUUCUCGACCUCGUGCAACAGUCGGAGGGAAUUACGACGCCGCAAGCCAAGCAGGCUUUAUUGCAUGCGACCAACGAUUUUCGCAAUGCCGUAGCGAAUGCCAGGCGCCUCGCGCUGGAUCUCCCGGGUGGCGAGCUUCUUGUGAGAGAGCAGGAUGAGGUUAUCAGGAUGCUCACCCAGCUUCGGAAUGGGAAGAGGCGUCAGCUGCACCAGUUUUCUACUUUUGUUAUGGCCGCCGAAGACGACAGUAUGGACCUGGAUUCGGCCGCCUCGACGCCGUGA